AUGGCGUCGUCGACUUACUUUUCGUGUAUUCUUGUUGUUGGUCUAUUGAUCUCGUUUGGCCUAUGUGUUGCAGGCAUUCUAGGUAUUGUUUUUGGUGCACAAUUCCUUAAAACUCAAAUUAACAAACAAUUACCACUCAGCACUGAUUCUGAUCAACUCGAUUCAUGGAUUUCAUCACCAGUACCUAUCUAUGUACAAUUUUGGUUAUGGGAAUGUGUCAAUGUAGACGAAGUUAUUCAACAAGGUCUUAAACCUAUGCUUAUUCAACACGGUCCAUUUACCUAUUUGGAAAAUCGAAUCAAAAUAGAUGUCCAUUUCAAUCUAAAUCAUACUGUCACCUAUCAUCAACCUGUAUCAUAUACAUUUCAACGAAAUAUGUCAUCGAAUGAUGAACAAUUGCCGAUAAAAAUGAUUAAUACGCCUAUUAUAUCACUUCUUGCACUUUCUCGUAAUUUAUCGAAUGUUACUCAAGAAUUAAUUAAUCUUAUUGCAAAAGUAUUCAAUGAAUCAUUAUUUGUUACACAUACAGCUCGUGAAUGGAUCUGGGGUUAUGAAGAUCCUUUACUAAAAGCAGCCAAACGUUUGCCUAUUGUUGGACAAUUUGUAUCCGAUGAACACUUUGGCUAUUUCUACAGACAGAACAAUAGCGAUAAUGGAAUUUUUACAGUCUUUACAGGUGUCUCGGUUCUACCCUAUUGGCAUACGUCGUCAUGUAAUCAAAUCAAUGGUACAGACGGUAAUUGGUUUCCACCACUAACAUCUGUUAAUAAACGUCUCUAUCUAUAUUCUACCGAAAUAUGUCGUUCAAUCUAUAUCACAUUUGAAUAUCAUUCAUCUGUACUCAAUAUAGCAACCGAAAGUUUUUCAAUACCAGCCGAAGUCUUUUAUAAUAGUACUAUCAAUCCGGAUAAUGCCGGUUUUGGUACACUUGAUUCAGGUGUACUUGAUGUUAGUAAAUGUAAACAAGGUGCACCUAUAAUUAUCUCUUUACCACAUUUUCUUUAUGCUGCUGAAAGAUAUAAAUCACGUAUAGAUGGAUUAAUGCCUAAUGCUGAUAUUCAUCGAACUGUACUACAGAUUGAACCAUAUACAGGAUUCGUAUUAAAUGCACAAAAGCGUCUUCAACUUAAUAUUCUUAUACAAUAUGAUCCAUUAUUUGAUGAUCUUAAAAAUUUACAUGAUCUUAUAUUACCUGCUUUAUGGUUAAAUCAAUCAGCAACAAUCGAUCAAAAGACAGCGAAUGAAUUACAUAAAAAAAUUUUACGUUAUUUUCCAAUUGUUCAUGAAAUAUCUAUUGCAUUUGUUAUAUUCAGUGCUGUUAGUAUUAUCGUUAUAAUUAUUGUUGGAAUAAGACGAAGUCUGCAACGAAUACGUACACUUGCAUAUGGAGGAUUAAUUAAUGAAUAA